ACUUCCUCCCCGACGCGGAAGUGCGGGGAGGCUCCGGGGCCGAGGGCGGCGGACGGAGUUUUGGUGCCGCUGUCCGCCUCGGGAACGUUCUGGAAGGCUAGAUCCCUGGAAGGCCGGGUCCCGGCAGCCCCGACGAGACGAAGCUGGCGCUCCUCGGCCUGGGAGCCGAUGCCGGCCGCGCCCGGGAGGCCCCGUAGCGGGGCCGGACCAUGAGCCUGCUGGGCGGCCCGGCCUCCUCGCCGCGCGCCCCGCUGCCGUCCAGCAAGGCCAGGAUGAAAAAGCUCCCGAAGAAGAGCCAGAACGAGAAGUACCGGCUCAAGUACCUGCGGCUGCGCAAAGCGGCCAAAGCCACCGUGUUUGAAAAUGCUGCUAUUUGUGAUGAAAUUGCUCGUCUUGAGGAAAAAUUUCUUAAAGCAAAAGAAGAAAGACGGUAUUUGCUAAAGAAGCUCCUCCAGCUUCAGGCUCUAACUGAAGGGGAAGUACAGGCUGCAGCUCCUUCCCACAGCUCCAGUUUGCCCCUGACUUAUGGUGUGGCCAGCACUGUGGGAACUAUACAGGGAACUGGGUCCAUUUCUGGGCCCAGCACUGGGGCUGAGGAACCAUUUGGGAAGAAAUCCAAGAAGGAGAAAAAAGAAAAAGGCAAAGAGAACAACAAACUGGAAGUUCUGAAGAAAACAUCCAAGAAAAAGAAAAUGGAGGGAGGUGCUCGCAAGCUGGUUCAGCCCAUUGCCCUGGAUCCCUCGGGACGGCCUGUGUUCCCCAUCGGACUGGGGGGUCUAACAGUAUAUAGCCUGGGGGAGAUCAUCACCGACCGACCUGGCUUCCAUGAUGAGAGCGCCAUCUACCCUGUGGGCUACUGCAGUACUCGAAUAUAUGCCAGCGUGAAGUGCCCAGACCAAAAGUGUCUGUAUACCUGUCAGAUCAAGGAUGGUGGCAUGCAGCCUCAGUUUGAAAUUGUUCCUGAAGAUGACCCUCAGAAUGCCAUUGUCACCUCUUCUGCAGAUGCCUGUCAUGCAGAACUGCUCAAGACCAUAAGUGCUGCUAUGGGAAAACUAAUGCCCAACCUGCUUCCAUCUGGAGCUGACUUUUUUGGGUUUUCUCAUCCAACUAUUCACAACUUGAUCCAGAGUUGUCCAGGAGCUCGAAAAUGCAUCAAUUACCAGUGGGUGAAAUUUGAUGUGUGGAGACCUGGAGAUGGGCCGCCGCCCCAAGGACUGCCAGAGGAUGAUCCAACUAUAAGCUUUGAAGCCUUUCACAGACAGGCAUUUGGUGAAGAUCAUGUUGGUCCCAUCCUGCAAGGAUCCUUGGACCUUCCAGAGCUUCAGCCCACACCCUUCGUGUCCUCUUACCAGCCCAUGUUCCUGGCGCACGAACCCCUGGCGGACACUCACCUACAGCACCUGAACUCUCUGUCACAGUGUAGCCCAACGCAGUCUUCAGACUGACCAGGAAGGGGUCACUUCCCACAUCAUUUAACUUAAGACUCCAAAUGUGGAAGAAGACAGCAGUUCGGGAGUGAAGGAGACAAUUAACACAUUGUCGUGGACAUUCCUGUGCCGACAGUAUUCCCCGGGAAAAACUGCAGCUGCUUUAUUUUUAGCAAUAAAUUUCUCUUUACAAAUCUG